GGUGCAGUGAUCUUCAAGUCACAAACAGUUCUGAUUGGCCAGUGAUAAAAUAAACAGGAAAUUUGAGAAUGAGAUGAUAAGAUGAAGAUGAAAGAUGAAAUUACGAUUUACGAUGAUAACGAUGAUGGUCAGUUUGUUCUUCACGAAUGUAGAAUUUAAAUAAUUAUUCAAGUUACACGUACGACAUUAAAUGCAUGUUUUUCAUCGAGAUAGUUGAAAAUAUAAUCCCUGGAAACAUCAUGGAUUCCUCAGAACCAUCGAUACAUCAUCAAAAUACAAACAGAUUUAUGAGAAGUCAGUACUACGAUGUGAUGGUGAAAGUGGACGCGGAUGUUUAUUAUCUGAAUAAGCUACUGCUAGCUUUGAAAUCAGACUACUUCGAGAAACUAUUAACUGAAUAUUCCGACCAAAAAGAAUGCAAUUUAAUACAGCUACCGGUAAUGGAUACCGAUACGUUCUCUGCCAUAGUCGAUAUGAUAUACGGUAAAGAACUGGCAUCUGUUUUAAACGACGACAACUACGUUUCUUUGCUAAUAGCGAUGGACUACUUGCAAAUGGACAUCGAUUCGAUGAUUUACGCAAAUUUCAUAGAACAAAAACCUACCGCAGAUGCGAGAAUAUUCACCUUGUACAAUUACAUACGAGACAAUCCGAACAUGCAGUACUUGAUAGUGCCAAUUUUAAAAUAUAUAUCUGAGCAUUUCAUAGAUUUGCGUAGUAACAAAGAAUUGUUAUCCUUAUCGCUCGACCAUUUCGCAAUUAUUUUACAUAAAGCCAGCACCGGAGCGCGCGGUCUCCAUAUAAUACGUCAAACGUGUCAAAUUUGUGCCGAAUGGAUUCAUGACGAUAUCAAAAAUAGACUUCCUCAUGCUGCACAGCUUCUAAAUGCUGCUAAACUAAAAUUACAUAUUAAAGGUGUACACGAUGCACAUUUCAACGUACAAUUACCCCAAAUCACCGAACACAUGACACCAGAAAUACUAGCGAAACUGUUUCGUAAAUGUUUAGUUUUCGAUGGCGAAAUCAAUCCGGUUCACGACGAGUUGCUGAAAGAUGUGAACUAUAACGAGAACGAAAUUCCCAUCGGUUCUAAAAGAAACCAGCUAGAAAAGUUGGCAAAAUUCGUAGAAAACAAUUACUUUUACGAUACCGAAGUCAAAGUUGAAGAGAAAAUCUAUAAACUACAUCGAUUCAUGCUGAAUUCAGCGUCCGGCUAUUUUAAUGAAAAUUCUUCCAAGCAGUCCAACACAAACACUCAAAGCUCCGAAGCAUUAACCCAGCAACCGAUUAGAAUCAACGAGUAUUUGCUUCGUGGCGUUGAUCAAAUAACGUUCGACAUGAUCGUCAAAUACAUUUACUUCAACGAAUUGCAAAUAACAUCCGAAAAUAUAACUUGCCUGUUGAAAGCUGCCAAUAUGCUGAAGAUUGAGAAAUUAUUCCACGAUUGUAUAUCGUGGAUGAAGGAGAACAUCGAAGAAGUUUGUACGAAAAUCCUUAUCAUCGAUGAAUGUACUCGUAUCGACAGAUCGUGGAUGGAGGAGAAUAUCGAAGCAGUUUGUUCGGAUAUUUUAACCGGAACUGUGAUUGGCGACGAGUUAUCAAUCUAUUCGAUUUCUUUCGAUACGUUGGAGGAUUUACUCUUGUCAUCGUCAGUUUGCUGUCGUAAUGCGCAUCAACUCUUGGAAAUAUGCUCGAAAUGGGUAAUGCAUGAUGUAAAAAAUCGAUACCAUUUGAUACCUCAGAUCGCACUUGCUAUAAAUCGCAAUCGCAUGAUAGAUCACGAUGAUCAUAAAAUGCAAGAUGUCGAUUUCAACAACCUCUCUGAGCAAUCGAUUCGAGAUAAAUUGUGGAAUAUUUUAUCUUCGACUUCGCUGAUUUCUUCCGCGUUCGGUACGAAGAUGCCAAACAAAGGUACGAAGAGGAAGUUACACGAAAUACCUGUAUUUUUAGCAUGGACCGGUGACGAUAAAAUUCAUAUACUCAACUCUAAUUUAGAUCAAAUCGAGUCAUUUUGUUUCGUCGAGUAUACUCCCAACCUUAUUAAUCAGUACUUUAAGUUUGCGGCGACUUUAAUUAGUGAUAAUUUGUUCAUUAUGUUCAGUGUGCUAGGUGUUUUUCGUACGUUUUACGCUUAUAACGUACCUUCGAGAAAAUUCAUUUCCUUGAAUAGAAAUAAUCUAACCGUGAAGGAAUACUCGCUGUUGCAGAGAUACUGGCUGUUGAAUUGUCGCGGCCAAAUUUACUGCUGUUUUAAACAGGGCAGUGUAUUCAAAUACUGGACGGAAUUGAACCUUUGGAUGAUAUUUUCAGCCGAGCCAAAGUUUGGUAAUAUUGAAGCAAAGAAACGCGUAUGGUUCACAAGUGAUGGAAAUGAAUUGUACAGGAUGUAUCAAAUGUCCGACACCGAGUUAGGGCAGUACGUUAUAGAAGCAUUUAAUUUCCAAGAAGACUUAUGGCUGAAAAAAACGUCUUUUAAAGUGAUACAAUAUUCUCUCCAUGUUCCCAUCAACCUAACCAUCACAAGUGGUAAUACACUUACUGUAAUUUUCGCUUCGUGCUUCAAAUUAUUUGACCAAAAUACGAGAGUAUGGAGUCACGUUUCUUGGGCUGAGGGUACCCGUACUCGUGGGUCGAUUCGAAACACACCUUUCGCCUUCACUCAGUAUCAAGAUAAACUUAUACAUGUGUUAGGGAAUAACCUGUAUCAAAAGUCCCAUGAAGAUCCAAGAUGGCAGUUGAAAAAAGAAUUACCGCUGAGAUCUGACUUAUCGUCGUCGUCUCGUUCCAGUAUGCGAGUCGAUGUGACGCCUUACCCUUAUAAGUACGCGUAUAUUACUGCCAUUCAUGUAUUCUAAUGCAUGUAACUUUGUGAUCAAGUUACCAAGUCAUUUUUUACUUCUUAUUUAUCAUUUUAUGGAAAUGACUGAUUUAAUUUUAAGCAUUCUGUUUUGUACUUCGUUCGUCAGAAUUUUGAAAACACCAUACCCCUUCUGUAAGAAUAUAUGCGUUUGUUGAA